CUCAGCAGAUAGCUUCAAGUGCCUCUGACUGUGCAGGUGGUGCAAGAAGGAUAAAAAGAGUGGUAAAAUGGAGGCAAUUUCGGGCAUUUGGAAAUUUAUAAAUUACUGGUGGUUCCGAUGGACCCUCGUGACAGAGAUGUACAUGGUGGAGAAAUGGGAAAGAAUCACAAUCAACUGCCUGUUUGUUGUUCUCUUUCUAGCCUUCUGGUAUUUUAACUACAAAGUCAUCCUAGCCUUCACCACCCACCUCACAGCAGCACUCUUUUGGGGCGACGAACCCUCAACAAGUCGGGAAUCUCUCACGGCGCCUCCCUUUUGAACUUGUCCCAGCCAGGUAAAUUCUCACGACGACAUACUCUCGCGACGCCACCAUGCAGCUCCACAACAUUUAAUUUGAGAGAUGAGAAAUAAGGUGAAUAAAGCACGAGAUAAAUUAA